GUAAAUAAACAAAGUAAAAGUAUUCUGAAAUUAUGUACUAAAAUCUAUUUUAUUGAAAGAAAUGGAGUUUAAAACACUGUGCGAUCUCUUUGAUUUGAUCAAAAAAACCCCUGGCCACUACGAAAAAGCCAAAGUUCUUCGAGACUAUUUCACAAAAUGCCGAGAAAAUCAAUCGAAAGAAGACACAUUCGCUUUAAUGCGCCUAAUUUUACCGAAACUAGACCGGGAAAGAGGCUCGUACAACAUGAAGGAAUCAAAAAUCGCCAGGGUUUUAAUAAAAAUGCUCGCUCUACCAGCUGGUAACGAUAGAGAGGUAUUAAGCAAGUCCUAUUUAAUGUCUGGCCAGGCUAGUGACUUUGGUGAUGUGGUUUAUUCAGUUAUACGUAAAUAUUUAUCGAAGAGCAAGACAGUACUGAAAAUUCAUGAGCUUAAUAGUAGCUUGGAUGAUUUAUCUAAAAGGAGCAAUGAGGGAGAAGCAGCAGAUAUUCUAAUGGAAUUAUUGUUCAAGAAGUGUUCCGCGGAAGACUCUAGAUGGAUAAUUAGAAUAAUACUGAAAGAUCUAAAGCUUGGGAUUGAUGGCAACAGAAUACUGAAUUGUUAUCACAGAGAUGGUGCCAACUAUUUUGCGUCCAACAACAGUUUAAAAAAAGUCUGUGAAAUUUUGUAUGAUCAGAAUAUUAACCUACACGAGCUUGACAUUGAAAUAUUUGAAGCUUUUAGACCAAUGUUAUCAAAAAGAGUUGAUGCCGCUAUUUUCAAAAAACACUUUAUUGAGAAUAAAUUAUUCUAUAUAGAAAAUAAAUUUGAUGGAGAAAGAUUUCAGUUGCACAUGCAAAAUGGAACAUUCAAAUAUUUUUCUAGGAGAGGCUUCGAUUUUACAGAGACUUUUGGAUCGACAGUGAAUGCUGGUAUAUUUACUCCAAAACUAACAAACACAUUCCAACCUUUUGUUCAAAAAAUCAUCUUAGAUGGAGAGAUGAUGCUCUGGAAUAAGCAAACUCAAAAAUAUGGCUCUAAAGGCAUGGAAUUAGAUGUUAAAAAAUUGAAAGAAAGUGGCAGAUAUCAACCUUGUUUUUGCAUAUACGAUAUAAUAUUACUUAAUGACAAUAUUCUUACUAACAGACCUUUAAGAGAUAGAUAUAAUAUACUAAGACGCGUUUUAAAAGACACCAUACCUGGCACAAUAGCCUUAAGUGAAGUUAAAGAAACCCAUACACAACAAGAAAUAGUUAAUGAACUCAAUUGGGCAGUAGACCAUGAAGAAGAAGGUAUUAUUGUGAAAGAUCCAGAUUCAAUUUAUAAAUAUAGUGAUAGGAAUAGUGGAUGGUAUAAAAUGAAGUUGGAAUAUUUCCAGGAUACCAUGAAUGAUCUAGAUCUAAUUUUAAUGGGUGGACAAUUUGCUUCCUCAACAUCUGACCAGCUUAAUUCUUUCGUAGUAGGCGUGCGCUCUGGACAAACGGAGGAUGGCAAACCAAUCUAUUUAUCUUUUGGAAAAGUGAGCAGUGGUUUAAAUGAUGACGAAUUGGACAUGCUAAAUAAAAAAAUUAAAAGUGAAGGCAGGAUAUUUGACAAUAAUCAAAGUGCCUCUUUAGUGUUUGGAAAAGAAGUUCCUAAUUAUUUUAUUGAACCAGACAAUUCUGUUAUUUUUGUUGUUAGAGCUUCAGAGUUAACUAGAACAACUGAUUAUUAUAAAACUUCAUACACUUUAAGAUUUCCACGGGUUUUAAACAUAAGAACAGAUAAGCCAGUAGAAGAUUGUCUGGACAUGAAUGAACUUCUGGAAUUAACAAACAAAAAUAAAGCUGUGAUUAAAUUAAACAAAAAGAAUAUCGAAUUGGAGGAAAUUUUACAAACAAAAGUUAAAAAAAUGAAAAAAAAAGUAAUUGAAGUGGUUAAAUUUGAAGAUACAAGAAAAGUUACAGAUUUGCUUGAAGGCUACCUCUUUCAUGUCCUCAAUGGCACAAACGAAAGAUCCAAAGAUGAAAUUGAGGCUCUUGUUAAAAAAGCUGGAGGAAAUAUUUUCUAUAAAGUCGAUAAUACUGUGGAUAUUGUGCUGGUUGGAGUAUAUAAUGCUAAAGCUAAAGAGCUAAGUAGCCAAAGGAGACAUUACGAUGUUAUUGAUUUGGCUUGGCUUUACAGAACAAUUCAAGAUGGCACUUUAUUGGCUUAUGAAACAAAAGAAAUCUACUGUACAGGCACCAAUAUCAAAAACUGCUUAAGUGAAGAAGUGGACAGAUAUGGCGACAGCUACACAAAAGAUGGUACUAUAGACUCAAUAAAGCACAGUUUUCAGAUACUUGAAAACCUAAAAGAACAGCCCUGCUUUCGCCCAAUGAUAGAAAUACCACGGAAAAGAAAUUUCGAAAAAUAUGUAGCUUAUUUUGAUAAAUAUGGCACUAUUAGUGAUAGUGAUUCAAAUGUUAUCUAUAAUUCUUUGGUGGAUGAACUGGAAUUUAGAUACUACUAUGGCACUGUUUGCCAACAAAUUUGUGAUAAAACUAAUUUAGUGAUAAUUGAAAAUAAUAAUAGAAAAAGGCAUAUAGAACAGUAUUUGGAUAGUAUUAAUAGAAGCAACAUUGUAAUAAAAACCAAACUUUUUAUCUAUAAAUAAAUAGGCUUCAUAUUGAAACUGUUUUGUUAUAAUUAUUGUCUCCUGGUGUUAAAAGACUUCUUUGUAAAAAAAAAUUAAUACCUAAUAUGCCAAGAAUUUAUAAAAUUGGUGGAAGCAAAAUUUCAGUGUUUCAGAAAUCAGAAAGCCUAGUAUACAUACUUGAUGUGCUAGACUGAAUCUUGGCCUAAUGACUAAAACGUCUUUCUUCAAAGCUUUUUUUAAAAGGUUUGUAUUAAGGCGUUUUUGAAACGCCCGUUUUCCAUUUCCAUAAGUCAGACC